CCUCGCGGCUCUCUGUAGAACUUGUCGCCUCUUCCAUGAGCCUGCUCUCGACGUGCUGUAUAAGUCGCUGGAAAGUCUUCGCCCAUUGCUUUUCUGCAUCCCUGAAAUCGUUACCAUCGGAAAUAAGAUUACUAUGUUCAAAGAGCUACGCCUUUCAGACUGGCAGCGAAUGCAGUACUACGCCAAAAGAGUUCAUUCGCUCAGGGUCAAUGACCAAGAAGAGGUAGUCAUCGACAAGACCAUCCUACAUGCACUAGCUACUUCACCCUUCGCACCCCCAAUGUUUACUCAUCUCAGACGGCUUUGGUGGUCAAAUAGUUCUGCAGAUGCUUUACCACUCCUGUGCUCUCUAGUCAACGCCAGAUUGGAAUGGCUUAUUUUGCACGAUUUGGAUCCAGAGCUUCUUCCGCGUGUUGUCCCCCACAUCAUCUCCAGCAACUCUCUCCACGUCGCGUGUUUCCCCGAGAAAUAUAGUAUGAGGCACAUACGUCCUAACGUGUUCCAGAGUUGGCGCAACUUACAGAAUCUUGUCUGCGGUCUAGUCAAUGAUGCAACGCUCUAUCAUCUCGCAACAUCUUCUAAGCUUACGCAUCUCACCAUUCAAGUCGACGAGAAGAACGACUACAGUGCCCUCAUGAAACUGGCCGGCCAACCAGUGUUUGCCACCCUUGAGGGGCUCGACAUCACCGCGACUCAUACCUUGCACUGCAUCCCUAUUCUUGAAAUCGCAGAGCUACCAUCGCUACGCUCCCUCCGUAUUCAUUCGACAGAAACGGGCUUAACAGAUGUUGAGCUGCAUCAGUGUUUCCGUCUAAUCUCAUGUCACUGUCCAAAUCUUAGGCAUUUACGGAUGAAAGAUCUGCAGGUAUCCCCACCGAAAUUCCCUGUUGGCUACAUCAUCACGUUUGAUAUCCUGAAGACGCUCUUCUCCCUGCGCUAUAUGGAGGGACUACAUCUCGACACAACUUGCACGUUUUCCCUCGAUGACAAUGAGCUUGCGCAGCUGGCUGGCACGUGGCUGAAACUGCGUGCACUUGAACUGGGGACUGAGAAUGGCUGGCGGCAACCAAGCAAAAUUACUCUGCAAGGUUUUGCAGAGUUGUUGCGGCGUUGCCCAGUGCUAUUGAUAGUCGGUCUUGCUAUGAACGCCUGGGCACCGGAUAUCGACCAUCGACGACCUGGAGGAGGGAUCCGCAGAAACGGUCUGGAAGUCCUACGAGUGGCUGAUUCCAAGGUUACGGACCCAUUGUCCGUCGCAGCGUUCUUGUCGGAUGUUGCACCGAACGCUGAGAUAACGGGCUACGAGGUCGGGUUUGAGAUCGGGUUUGACAUGUAUGGAACGUUCAACACUCGGAUGUUGUAUCGGGAGAGAUGGGAGGAGGUUUCCAUGUUGCACCCUCUGCUUGUCAACUUGAGGAGACAAGAAGCAGUAGGUUCGGAAUCGAAUGAGUACUCUAGAGACUGUGAGUAGGAGUGAAACAUCACUAGACCUGUGAUAGCUUGCAAGUGACGCAGUCCAUGGAGCAAUGAUGUUACGUUUGUCACCUUUUUACAUACACAUAUGGAACCUAGCCUUGGAGCUUGACGUUGGACAAGAGUUUGUGUCCCAAUGCUCGGUGCUGAGGUUAAACGAACCUGACACGAAAAUGAUGCCUCUGUUAUGCUGGUAAAUUUAAGAAUGUCACACGUAGAGCGUGCGCUGACUUUUAACGUUGACGCUCGAAGUUUUCCAGGGGGCUGAGGUGGAGCCUUCUGAUCAGUGUCAGUGGAAAGGACCGAGGCGGCAUGUCCCUCAAAGAAGCAGCGAUAUGAGCAAAUCAGAGCAAUUUAAACUUAGCUUCAACUUU